UUAACAGCUGACCAGAGAGGUAAAAAUCAGUUGAUAAAAGUUAUUCUUCCUUGUUACAGAUUUUGAGGACAAUUCUCAAUCUGAGUCAUUAAGUCGAGUUUCAAAAAGUGCUGCUGAUGAAUGGCCUUCAUCUGAAGAUGAUGAUGAAUCGGUUUCAAUUGAAAAGAAACCACAGAAGGUAAACCUGAGGAAAAUGAUUGCAUCGAAAAAGGGAGCAGCUUCUGCACUGCCUGACAGGUCCUUGAGUGGUACAGAAUCUGAGCCUGACAGUGAGAAUAGAAUCAAGAGAAUCCCAUCCCUCCCAAAGGCUUUACCACCCAGCAAAGCCCUUCAGCACCCAGUAGAUCCUUCUCCCAUUUCCUUCCUUUCCAAAACACCCCAGAUGACUUCUACCCCCCUUCCAAGCUACAGAAAGAAAGAAUAUUCCAGCGAGGAUGAGAAUGAUGAUAAUGACAAAGAGGAGGACAGGGAUGAUGAGGAGGAGGAGGAUAUCUCUGAUGAAGAUGAUCAGCUUGAAGAAAGUGGAGACUCCCUUGAUGCCACGUCAGCUGUUCCUGAGGCAGAAGUUUCUAAAGAUAAGAAAAGAGAUUUCCUUUCUGAGCUGGGUCUGGAAAAGGGACAAGAAGAGCAGGAUUCUUGGGACUCUGAGUCCCACUCUGAAAACCCCACUAUGUUGCACGAAGUGAAACAACCCUCGGAAAGUCCGAAUAAGGGAGAGAUGUCCCCGGUUGAAGAGGAGAUAAAAGAAAACUUGUUUUAUAUUCCCUCUUUUUUAAGAGGGGAAGGAGGCUAUAGGAUGGCAGAACUAGAGCCUUGGAGGAGUGUAGGCAGGCCAAGAGGCAGCCAGGGAGAGGCUGUAAUCGGCAAUAAUGGUGAUAAUGGAGGCGAACAUGUUCAUGAAGAUGACUCUGCACAGAAAGAGACUGAGAAGGCAAAAUGGGAACCACUUUUGAGCAAACUUGAAGGAGGUCAAAACCAAAAUACAGACUUGAUGGAAGAGCUUGGUCUUGGUGAUGUUGAUGAUCUUGAAGAUGCAUCAGACUGGGACACAGCCAGUACUACCAGUAAGAGAACCCUGCCUGGCCGCAGACUGGCCUCUCCUGGAAUUGAGGAAACCCCAGAAUGCGCCAACCCAUCUGGUACCGAGAAGGAGGAGGAAGUCACCUCUCCAGCAGCACCCCUUACACCUCAGAGGAGCUUCAGCUUGGACAAGAAACAGCUCAGCUCAUCUCAACACGUGCCCCAUCCCCAACCUCGUACAAGGAAGAUGGUGCUUCAGAAACCAGAGAGUGAAGAAGAAUCAGACUGGGAGCCAGACAACUUAGCAUCUUCUAGCAAAAAAGCCAAAACUGACAAUCAGCUGCGAAAUAUAGCUGAGCUUCAGGCAGUGGUUAGGCCAGGCUCCCCUGAGGUCUCACCAGAAGCAAGAGACAGUGAAAGUAAUAUUGAAUCUGAUGAGGAGCAACAAAAGGUUGGCAAAGAGACAGUAAAGACUGAUAUGGAGGCGCAAAAAAAAAACGGUGCUUCCUGGCAUGCUGGUGGUAUGGCAUCAGAAGGAGUGGGUACUGAGAAACCUGACACCAGGCUAGGAUGCCGAAAAGAGCUGUCAAGUCAAGUUGGAGCCACUCAACAGGAACAGCAGCCUGCAGUCACCAAGAGCACCAGCAGGGCACCAGUGCAACUGAUGCUCCCACUUCAGCAGAUCUACAAUAACAGCAAACAGGAAGGACAAGCUGUAGUGGAGACCUUACAGCCAGAGCUGGUCAGAGGGGUCUGGGGCAGCACAGCCCCUCAGACCAACACCCAUCUUAAUGGGGAUCCCUUCUCUGUGUUUGAUGAUAGCACUUUAAGUGAUGUGUCGGACGAUGAAGGAAGGUUGCCAACUGGUGAACAGCAGAAAGACGAGAACCCUGGAGAAAUGGAGAUGGCAGAAGACUUGGAUGAACUCACUCAGUCUUCAGACACGGCCACAGAUGACAUUGACUCUCCCACUUCAGGCUAUCGUCAUGCGUCCCUCCUCAUUCAGAAGCUGGACUCAGCCACUUUUGACUCCAGAAGCAUGGUGAAACUGCAGAACAUUUUCCACGAAUACGAGCGCUCCAUCCAAAAGGCAAGAAGCCGUCAUGCGUACCUGGCAGACAAGGUGAGCCAGCUGGAUAUAGAGAGGGCAGAGUUAAAGAGCUCUCUGGAAGAAGUCAAAGAUGUUAAGUCUGCCUUGGAGCGCAACCAGCUGGAGUUGCAGACUGAAGUCACAAACCUCAAAUUUCAGCUGAAGCAGGAGCAAGAAAAUGGCCGCAACGCCACUAUGAUGUACAAUACCACCAGAGAUAAACUGAGGAGGACAGAGGAGCAGCAGCAGUUUGAGGUUCAGGAGAGACAGAAGGUGGAGCUCACCCUCCGAAACCUGGAGCUGGAGAUGAGAACACUGGUCAACAACAUGAAACAGCUUGAGGAGGACCACAGUGAGACUCAGAGGCUGCUGGCUCAGGAGCGCAGUGCACGGACCCUGCAGGAGAGUCUGCUCAAUAGCCAUCUCCGUAAGCAGCAGGAGAUCGAGGAGGAGAACAAAAGAAACCUUAGCAAAAGCAAUGAGGCCUUGUCUCAGCUCACUGAAGCCACUGACAAGGAGAGAGUGCUGCUCCAGCUGAAUUCCACCUUACAGGAAAAGCUGAGCAUCCUGAGAACCGACCUUGAACGUUUGCAGGCCAACGAUAGCCUCAAAGAGAGACAUCUUUUGGAGGAGAACGAGGCCCUCAAGGAACAGCUUGAAGAUGCCCGGCGAGAUCUGAAACUCAACAAUGAAGCCCUGACCCAGACUGUCUUCACCUGCAAUAACCAGAUGACGACCUUAAAGUCAGAGUUGGCUAUAACCACAACCCGCCUGGAGAAUGAGCGACAGGCUCGUGAGACACUGGCGACAGAGGUCGAGUCAGCUCGUAUCCGCCUGGCUGGGGCCAUACAGGAGGCUGAGCGUUGCCAGGCAGCUCACACAGACACAGAGAAAGCUCUGCUCCGGGAGAAGGACGAACACCAGCGUCUUAAAGACAGAUUCACAAGUGAAGCAGCCAGUCAGCGUGAGGCAGUCAGCAGCCUGUCUCAGAAUCUGGCCAAGGCAGAGGCACGUGCCAACAGCUUGGAGAACGAAGUUCAUCGGGGCACGCUACAGCUGACAGAGAAGGGCCUGCUGCUGGACGUCCUGCAGCGGGAGAAGGACCAGGCAGUCGCACGUUUAAAGGGGCUGGAAAUGGAUCUCCAAGCUGAGAAGGAGCUGGUCAGCCGUGCUGGAGCACGCCAAGAGACCACGCAGGAGCGGUUAGCCCAAGCCCAGAGUGAGGGCAUGUUACUACGGCAACAGCUAGAGGAGGCCCAAAACAAAGGUGUUGCAAAGGAGCGUGCUGUCACAGAUGCCCAAGAGCGCUUCAGUGACAUUCUGUCCAAGCUGCGCUCUGACUGUGAAGAGAGGGUACUACUGGUGGAGGAGAGAAAUAAGGAACUCGCCAGUAAGGCAGCUGAUCUGCGAGAUCAGAUCUUCAAGUUAGAAGACGAGAAGAACGAAAGAGAGACUAGUCUAAGGCAGCUGCAGCAGGAGCUAGCCGACUCCCUAAAGAAGCGGUCUAUGAGCGAAGCUUCUCUGGAGGUCAACGCACGUUAUCGCAAUGACCUGGAGGAAGAGAAAGCACGGCUCUUCAAAGACAUGGACAGGCUCAAAGGAAAGCUAGAGGAAAGUGAAGACCAAUAUGUGCAGGGUGAGAGACGCAUCAACAGUCUGAAGAACAGUCUGGAUGAAAGGGAAAAGGAACUUGCCAUUGCUGCUCAGAAACUCCAGGAGGCACUGUCCACCUCAGCAGCCUCUGAUACCACUAUCAAACAGCUAGAGGAAGCUGUGCAAAGGCUGGAGAUAGAGAACGCCAGGUUGGAGGCUGCUGCAAAGCAACAGUCCAACAAAAUAAAUGCGCUUCAGAAAACGGCACAGGAGGCUACCAUGCUAUCUGACAACGCAACUGGAGGAGGGGUUGGUAUUGUGGAUGUCAGAGGUCAUUUGGAGGACUUGGUUACAAACCUCCAAAGCAGUAAGAUGACUUUGGAAGACCAGCUCAGCAGAGAGGUCCAGAAGCAGAGCAUGCUGUCUCACACAGCCCAGGACUCUCAGGCCUUGUGGGAGGAGGAGCUGAAGAGUCGCUCUAAGUUAGGACUGCGCCUAGCAGAGCUUGAAAAGGAAAAAGGAGAACUGAACUCACAGAUGGAGAUAGAAAAGAAGAAAGCCAAGAAAAUAGCAGAGCAGAAGAAGGCUAUAGAUACCCGUCUGGAUCAGGAAAUGAAGAGAAACGCAGAACUUCAAAAAGAAAUGUACAGGUUGCGAACUCUACUAAAGACUGCAAAGAAGAAACUGCGGGAUCAGGAUACGGUUGGUACUGAGUUUGCCUCUCCAAUGAGAAGUCAAAGGAUAGACGCAGGCCGACACGGCCAGGCUGAGGGUGCCGUUGGAAGAAUGAAAGAAAAGGUGGACGAUCUGCAGGGGCAGUUGGAUAAGGAAUCAUCCCACCGCAGCCACUUAGAAAAGCUGAACAGUGAGCUUAAGGAUCAGCUGGCCUCCCUGAAGAGCUUGAAUCGCAGUAAUGACCAACUGGAGAGGAGUAAGAGGCAGUUGGAGGAGGAGGUAUUGGACCUGAGACGUCGAAUGGAAGCCUCUCAGAUGGAGCAGAGCCACGCAGAGCAGUACCGGCGUGACGCAGAGGAUAGGGCCCGUCAGGAAAUACAACAGAAACUGGAGCAGGUUAACCUCUUUCUGCAGUCCCAGGCAGCAUCCCAAGAAGCAUUGGAUCAGAUUAAAGCAUCCAAUGAGGCAAACCUGCGCUCCCAACUGGAGCAGAAGAUCCGGGAGCUGGAGGGGGAACUCGGACGGGUCCGAACCACCCAGCAGGACAGUGUCAGCCAAAGAGACUCAACACGCACAGAGCUAGAGCGAUACCGCCAGCUCUACGCAGAGGAGCUGCGCCUCCGCAAGUCCCUGAAUGCCAAACUAGAUAGGGCCAACAGUCGGCUUGGAGAAGCCAAUUCCAAGUUGCUUAAUGAGCGCAGCAGAUCUUUUAUCACCAGCAGCAUUGCAAACGGUAGCCUUGGAGGGCCCUCGCUGGAUGUGGGCUCCUUGGCUUCACCCACCAACUAUGGGGCCACACUGGGACCUCUCAACAGGAGCCUGGGCCUGGGGAUCUCCCUCCUCAGCCCUGUGACUGAGGGGCCGAACAGCAGGGUGGAGGACUACCUGGCCAAGAUGCAGAGCGAGUUGGAUCGAAACAUAUCAAAGGAAUUAAACAAUGCCACAGCAGAGCUGGACAUUGCUUCAGCCCGUAUGUCACCAGUGGGCUCUGCCUCGAGGGUGGAGCUGGACCCUGUCAGCAGGGCAAAGCAGCAGUACUUGGAGGUACUUAAGAAGAACAAUAUGAUCUGACCACUAGCCCCAAAUCCCAAUCCAAGUCCUUUAAUUUCAGAUAUCAGCUGAUACCAAAUCCAGUCCUUUUAUUUACUCAGAGAUUCUGACUCCUUGAAACAGAUGUGAUGUAGCACUAUGUUGGUGUUGUGGAAACUAAAAAAAACACAGUCCACUCUCAGUUGUACAGUGGUGUUACAAAGUGGAGUUUUUCCCUUACAAAUUAUCUUAAAGCUUAAUUGUGGCCUGUUAUUAAGUUACUCAGCUGCUACGACUUUCACCAGUGACAUGUAAACGGUGAAGUGGUGGCUAAAGAUGAUAAGCUACUACCUGAAUAUUUUGUACACUGAUCUUUCCUUAUAAAGAGAGAGGAAGGGUAACAGACUAGCUGGCUUUGGAGCUUAGAAAAUCUGUGUGUUUUGCCAACCUCAGUGUCAAUCAGUAGUGCUGGUGUGCCUGAAUAAUUAAAUAAGUUAUCAUACACAUUUCACAGUUUUAACUCACAUAUACAACAAAAUGCUUGUGCUGUAGGGACCAGGUGUCGUGAUGGAGAGCAGCAUCACAAAACUAGCAGGCUGAGGUGAACAAUAUAGACUACACUUAAUAAAAUAUUAAUAAAUAAUUCAUUUUAGGCUGUUUUUGAUUUGCCCUAAUACCCAUCCUUCGGAUUGACUAAGGACUUCUCUACUGACCACACGCCACACCAAUACUAAGGCCAAAGCCACCAGCCAGUUAUUUCCCACCACAAAUCCAACUCCAUAUAUAUUUACUCUCCCUUCUUUUAUAAAAGGAAGCAAACAUAUUGCACAUUGCACUUAACCACUCAGGAACAAAGGGCAUGAGUCAUAUAUAGUUACUGAUGGGUACAAUAGAGAGAACCUCGAAAGUAUUUGUUAAUUCUGACUUAUUCUGUUCAAUCUGUAACAAUUAUGUUUCUAUUAGCACUAUAUAUGUAUACAGACUCGUGGUUUGGAUUUUUAUUUGUGAAUAUUGGUGUUGCUAAAUUUGAAUUUAUAAGUAUUUGAUGUAUGCAUCAUUAAUAAUUUUGACAAGAUACAAAAUGUGGUACGUGCCAUCAAAUGGUGCAAUAUCUGUCUUGGUCUUAAUUCAUUAGACUCAUUGGAGGAUUGUGUUUAUGCUUAUUUUAUUUAUACUUUUUUUUUUUUAAUGAACAUGAUAUACUUGAAUAAGACGAGCUAUAAAAACUCUGGCUAUUUGAAACAGGGUGACCACGUUGCUUUUAGGGCCACCAAAAGUGAAACACUUCUUUUUUUCUCCAUUAUUAAUAAAUACUGCAACUAAAUACAUUUUGGAAAACUGACGACCUCAGUAUAUUACAAAAAAACUGUAAAGUUGUAAAUAAAACUGUAGAAAACCCUGAACUUGAGUGAGCUAUUGUGAUGUGUGAAUAAUAAGUGGACAUGAGAAAGAUGAUGAUGAUGAUGGGAGUGCCUUGGUAGCUGAGUGGUCAAGGCGCAUACCACAUACAUGGCAGCAUCCCUGGUUUGAUUCCGGCAAGGGACCUUUGCUGCAGGUCAUUCACCUCUCUCUCCAUUUCCUGUCUCUGAC